AUGGAUUCUAAUCCGAUGGAGCAUUCAAGAUCCGUUGACUAUAAAACAACAGAAUCAAAAAGUCAAACAGAUAUAAGUAAAAUGAGAGAUUUAUUAGAAGAAGAAACCAAUCUAUAUACAAAAGGUGUUAAAGAUACUGAUGUAGACUGGUUUAUAAGAGAUUCAAAAAUAGACCCUACUUUACCCAUCCCCCCGACAACAAAUUCAACUCCAUCAGAAAAGUCAGAAACCAAACCAAAUGAUGACUCAUUUACUAUUUCACAUUCGCCAACUCAUCAUUCUGUAUCAUCUAGUUUAAAUUCUAAUAUAUCAAAUACAAAUGACAAUUUUGUUACAAAAACAAGACCUUCAAUUGCUCCAAUACAGGAGGAGAAUAUAAAUUCAAAUCAAAUACCUGAUCACAAACAUUCAAGUCAAAGAUCUAAUACAUCUUCUGGUGGUUUGUUUUCAAAAUUGAAAAAUAAAUUUCAUAAAGAAUCUCAGUUUGAUUCUCAUAUACCAAAACCAAUCCAACAAGGUGUAUUCAAAGAAAACUAUGAUAUGAAAACUAGAAAUAAUUUACCUCCGGAAAAGAUAGACAAUAUUAGAGCUAAUGACAAUCAUUUACAACGAACCAUGUCAAGUCCUAUAUAUUCAAAAGAUACUGUAGAUCCAAGAUUGGAAGAUUAUAUCAAAUUUUAUAAACAGAAAGAUCGAAGAUUAUCAACAACUUCUAGAAGAUCAUCUAUAGUGUCAAACGAGGAUGAUCAAGACUCUUCUUCAUCUAAAAUUACAAGUUUUUUGAAAAGAAAAGCAAGUGUGUCAAAAACUACAAAUGAUCAGGGAUCGACAUUGACAAAGGUAACUUCACCAACACCAUCUAUGAAUUCAGCAACUACUCCAUCAAUUUCAGGUGUCGAGUUAAAUCCAAGUUUCAAAGGAUUGAAACCUUUAAAAAGAGUAGCAUUUCAUUCAUCCACAUUUUUAAUAGAUCCACCACAACAAAUUCCAUCGAGAAAUCCAAGAAAGGGUAAUGUUGAAAUAUUGCCAAAUGGUACUGUAAAAAUCAAUCCAUUAACUGAAGAAGAUAAGUUGGCAAUCGAAAAAUCUCAAUUGGGUAUGGGAGGUGGAAUAGUAGUUGGUGGUACAGGAGCAUUAGGUUUCAUCAAAAAAGAUGAGCAAGAUCAUCCACAUCAAGCUCCUGAUUUGGAAUCACAAUCAGACCCUGAUGAAGAUGAACCAGCAAUAAGUCAACGUGCUAGAAAUGUUUCAAUCGAUAAACCGAUGGUACAUCAUAGACCUGUUGACUAUACAGUUCCAGUGAAAAAAAUGGCUCUAGAUACAAUGUAUUCACGUUGUUGUCAUUUACGUGAAAUAUUACCAAUCCCGGCAAUAUUAAAACAAAUUCCAAAAGGAUCAUUAGCUACUUUACCUGUUUUACAAUUAAGAAACCCAAGUCCAACAAUGAUUGAAAUUCAAACAUUUGCUGAUUUUUUGAGGAUUGCGCCAGUUAUAUGCGUUUCUUUAGAUGGGGUCAGUUUGUCAGUUGAACAAUUUAAAAUAUUAUUAUCAUCAAUGAGUGCAAAGAAACAAUUGGAAAAAUUAAGUUUAAGAAAUACACCUUUAAAUGAAGAAGGUUGGUCGUUACUAUGCUGGUUUUUAUCAAGAAAUACUGUGUUGAAUAAGUUGGAUAUAACUCAGUGUCCUUCAUUAACAGUUAAUGUUUUGAAAAAGAAGAAAAAGAAAAUUGAAGAGGAGAAUAAAAAGUAUAAUGAACCAAUGGUUAGAAUGACUUGUAAUAAUGACAAUAGAUCUGAUGUUGAUUGGUCAUUAUUUGUAGCUACUUUGGUAGCUAGAGGUGGUAUUGAUGAAUUGAUUUUAACUGGAUGUUGUAUAACUGACAUUGAAAUUUUUAGUAAACUUAUUAAACUAGCAGUGCUGAAACGAACUUCAAGAUUGGGUUUAGCUUUUAAUCAGUUGACACCAAAACAUUUGAAAAUUAUAGUGGAUAAUUGGUUAUUUAGAGAUUUUGCAAGAGGCUUAGAUUUAGGAUAUAAUGAUUUUUCAAGUAUUCAGAUGUUGAAGAUUUUAUUGGAUUUUGCAAAAAGGCCUGAUUUUAAUGAAAUUGUGCAAAAUUCAACUAUAUCAUUCCUUAGUUUGAACUCAACAAACUCAAUAUAUAGUGAUUUAUUCAAACAAGUUUUUGAAAAUGUAUUUUUAAAGUUACCCAAUUUAAAAUAUCUUGAUUUUUCAAACAAUCAGAAAUUAUUUGGUAUUGGUAGUCAUCUAGAAUUGAAUAUCGUGCAAUAUUUCACGUCGAAAUUACCAUUAUUCCCAAAAUUAAUUAGAUUACAUCUUGAAAAUGAAAAUUUUAGUCCAUCAUCUAUCUUGGAAUUUGCUACAAUCUUACCAGUUUGUAAGAAUUUAGGUUAUUUUUCAGUAGUUGGAAGUAAAAUUGAUUUGACAUGUGCUAGUGCAUUAGUAAAUGCUGUUAAAAAUUCAAAGACCUUAAUUAACUUAGAUUGUGAUUCAGAGGAAUUCCCUAAUUUAUUCAAGGAAAGGAUUGGUUUAUAUACAAUGAGAAACAUGGAGAGAUUAUUAUACGCUUCCAAAAAGCCAGACGUUUCUAUUCCAUCGAUUGAAGCCUCAGAAUCAUUAACAGAACAACUAAAUGAAAUCCUACAAUUGAAAUCACAACAAAAAUUAGACUUGUUAUCUCAAAAAGUCACCAAAUUUAUUUCAAAAGCUCAAUCAAUAAGACUGGAUCUUAAAUUGAUGAUUGAUGAAUUACUUAAAUUACAAUUAAAAAAUGAAUUAGAUUUAGAUGGUAAAGAGACUUUAAUUAGAUUUAUAUUUAUAGAUUCAAGUAUUGAAAAAGGGUUACAAUUAAUUGAUCCAAGUUUAAUCAAUAAGAAUAACUCCUCCAUGGCUAAUUUAUAUUUGGUGAAAGUCGGUGAAGGUGAUGAUACAAGAUUAGCUAAUGAAUUUACCCAACCAGCAUCAGCAGAAGAUAAUGUUGAAUUUAAUCAUCCUGAGGUACCAAUAAGUCAUUCACCAUUAGCAAUGUCAAGACUGGAUUCAAGAACAAGUUUAAGCAAUUUAGACAAACAAGAGGGAUCAGUAUUAAAAUUAUCAAGAUUGAAAGAUUUUCAUGGUCCAAAUAGACCAUAUACUGAAUUAUCAGGAGAAGAAUUGAGACAAAAGUUGAUGAGUAUCGAAUUAUCUGAUUUAGAUAAAAUUAUUGAAUAUUUAGGUAAGCUUAAAAAUCAAGGUAUUUCAUUAGAACAAGUUUUUAAUAAUAAAAAUACAUCACAUCAAGAACAAGAUCAUGAUUUUUUGAACAUUGAAGAAAUAAAAUCAAAAUUAAAAAAUUUAUCAUCUGAAGCUAAUCAAUUACCGAACAUUGAACAACCACCAACUGAAAUUGAAAAUAAUUCAUAUGAAUUGAGUGAUACUUAUAAUCAAGUUUUACAUAAUUUAAGUAAUUUAAACAAAUAA